ACGACAACCAUGUCGCUGACCAAGUGCCUUUUGCUAGCCCUCCUGGCCGUUGUGGCCAUCGCCUCCGUGAGUGCGGAACGCAUCCGCUAUGACAACUACCGCCUGUACAAGGCCAACUCGGAGAAUGCCGAGCAGCUGGCUGUGCUGAAGCAGCUGGAGGGAUCCAGCGACUCGAUCAUGUUCCUGGACGGAGUACACAUUGUCGGUACCCCGGUUGAGAUCAUUGUCGCCCCGCACAAGGUUCCCGACGUUCUGGAUAUCCUCGGCAAGGCUGAGAUCAAGUACGAGCUGCUGACCAAAGAUCUGCAGAAGAAGUGGGACGAGACCGAGGAGAAAGUGGCCAUCAAGGGCCGUGCCACCCGCGCCUACAACUGGGCUCAGUACUACGAACUGGACGACACCUACGCCUGGCUGCAGAGUCUGGCCAACCAGUACCCCGGAGCCGUGACCCUCAUUGAGGGCGGAAAGACCUACCAGGGACGCUCCAUUUUGGGCGUGAAGAUCAACAAGAACAAGGGCACCAACAAGCCCGGCAUCUUCCUGGAAGCCGGUAUCCAUGCCCGCGAGUGGAUCGCUCCCGCUGCCGCCACCUACAUCAUCAACCAGCUGCUGACCUCCGAGGAUGCCUCCAUCAAGGAGCUGGCUGAGAGCUACGACUGGUACGUCCUGCCCCACGCCAAUCCCGAUGGCUACGUGUACACCCACACCACUGACCGAUUGUGGCGCAAGACCCGUACCCCCUACGGCAGCUGCUUCGGCGCCGACCCGAACCGCAACUGGGCCUUCCACUGGAACGAGGUUGGAGCCAGCAGCAGCGCCUGCUCGGACACCUACGCCGGACCCUCUGCUUUCUCCGAGAUUGAGACCAAGUCGUUGUCCGACUACAUUGCCUCGCUGAAGGGCAAGAUCAACCUGUACAUCUCCCUGCACGCCUACUCCCAGUACCUGCUCUACCCCUACGGACACACCGCCGAUCUGCCCGACAACGUGGAGGACUUCAAGCAGGUCUACGACGCCGCCCUCGCCGCUGUGAGCAAGCGCUUCGGCACCAAGUACACUGGAGGAAACAUCUACGAUGCCAUUUACCCCGCUGCCGGAGCCAGCGUGGACUGGGCCUAUGGCACUCAGGAUGUGCGCAUGUCCUUCUGCUACGAGCUGCGUCCCUCAUCCAACUCCUUCAUCACCGGCUUCAGGCUGCCCGCCGAGCAGAUCAUCCCCGCCAGCGAGGAGCUGCUCGACUCCAUUGUGGCCAUGGCCGCCGAGGUCAAGAAACUGGGCUACUUCAACAAAUAAUUCGAUUAAAAUAAAGCACUUACAAUUUCAAUGCA